AUGGUUUUAGACACAGUUAUUUAUCAUCCUACGUUGACCAAAUUCAUUUCUUUGUUGAAUAAAACAGCCGGCAGAGAAAAGAUCUUGAGAUUGCUACAGUACUUGGUUAGAUUCCUUGCCGUUCAAUACAGAUCUGGUUUGAAUAGACAGUUACAAUCUGAAUUCACGUCUGUCAGAAAGAUUUUGAGAUUCUUCAAGCCAUUGAAUCAUAUCCAGGACGCAGCCAAAUUAUACGAUAACAAGAUUGCUCCAGAUCAAUGGGUUAGAUGGUUGUCCAUAAUCAAAAAUGUGGGUUAUGUUGGGUAUUUAACUUUGGAUCAAAUUAACUUGUUGCGCAUCCUAAAGUUAAUCCCAGCUACUCCUAUUACUGCCAAGAAAGUUCCUCGUUACACAAACUGGUUUUGGUUCGUUGCGUUGAUCGCUGGUUUGAUCACCGAUGUCCGUAAGUUGUACACUUCUCAAAGAAAGAUCGAAGCCUCUUUGAGUUCUAAGGGCAAUGCACCAACCGAAAAGGCUAGUUCUGAAAAGUUGACCGCUUACUACAAUGAGAGAUUCGCCGCAUUCAGAAGACUAAUCUGGGAUUCUAUCGAUACUUUCAUUGUCUUAAAUAACUUGCAAUUCUUGCGUAAUGACGAAUCAAGUGUCGCCCUGGCUGGUGUCGCUACAUCCGUCUUUGGUCUACAAGAUGUCUGGAAGACUGCUUAA